CCCAUUGGUUUCCGCGGCCGGCACUCCGCCGGCCAGGUUGGCGAGGCCAAAAGCGCUUUGACCGGCGAAGUGCCGGCCGCCUAGAAAAUGUUUAUUUUUUACAUUGUUUCAUAGAUGGCAGCACAGUACUUUGUGUUUGCUUUUUGCUUGGUAUAUUAUUCGCUAGAUGGACAUAGUUGUCCAGGUUUUUUAGCUGUUUGAAAGUGGUUUUUUUUUUUCUUCAGAGGCGAAGGGUGCACUAUCGCGGCUUUUUCGAAACAUGGCGCCACGGAAGAAACGCGGUUUGACGGAUGAAGAAAUACUGAAUCUUGUGUUCGACAGUGACCAAGAAAGUGACGUUUGUGAUGAGGACGAUGUUUUGUUAGACAAUGGGGACUGCCAAACUGAUGAAAGUGGUAGUGAUGAAGAAGAGAAUCUGUGUUCAGCGGACGCCUCCAUGGAUGCUUCGCAGACAUUUCCAAAGAAGCGCAGGAUUGAAAACUGGCGAUGGGAAGAAGGAUGACAGUGUUGAAAAAAUUGUCGAGCACCCUUUCAGCGGCCAACCAGGUAUCAAGAGAUCCAUAGAGCUUCAAGUAGGUGCAAAUCCGAGUGCUCUUGGAAUGUUCAAUGCGCUUCUUGGAGAAGAGAUUUGGGGGACAAUUGCUUUGCACACAAACGCCUCUGCAAGCGAGAAGCAGCGCUCGCAUCCCGACCCCUCAUGGCAUGAAACAACGCCAGGUGAAAUGAAAGCUUAUUUCGCCAUGUGCGUGUUGAUGAGCCAAGUGAAAAAGAGCAGGAUUCAGUCCUACUGGUCAACGAGACCUGUCAUCAGCACACCAUUUUUUGCCACUGUCAUGCCAAGACAUCGCUUUUGGGCACUGUCACGCUAUCUGCAUUUCUGCGACAACAGCAUUCCCCAAAAUGGAGAUAGGCUCUGGAAGAUACGGCCUGUCCUUGAUCACAUACUAAAAUCCAUUGGUGCAGCCUAUCAUCCCGAAGAAGAUCUUGCGGUCGACGAAAGCCUGAUGAAGUUUCGGGGUCGGCUGUCUUACGUUCAGUUCAAUCCUUCGAAACGAGCAAGAUUUGGAUUGAAAUUCUACAAACUGUGUGAGUCAUCCAGUGGUUACUGCCUGAAUUUCUCAAUUUAUACUGGAAAAAGUGAGAAAACACCAGCAACUGAUGGGCUAUUGUGCAGUGAGGCCGUUGUUCUUGACCUCGUUGGAAAACACUUACCUGAUGGCCACACGAUAUAUAUGGACAACUGGUAUUCUUCACCGAUACUGUUUCGUCGCCUUAAAGAAUCUGGUUCGAAUGCAGUGGGUACAGUUCGUCUACACCAUAAGAACAUGCCAGAUGAAUUCAAGAAACUCAAGAUGAAAAAAGGUGAAUGCAAAGCUCUCUUUGCACGAGGCAUCAUGGCUCUGACAUGGCAAGAUAAAAAGCAAGUAACUAUGCUCUCUACCUUGCACAAUGCAGCUAAUGUGACCGAUUCAGGAAAGAAGGGUCGCCAGAACGGCUUGCCAGUUUUGAAACCGCAAGUUGUACUUGAUUACAACCGAGGCAUGGGAGGAGUUGAUCGCGAGGACCAACAACUCGCUUCCUUUCCCAUCAUGAGAAGAUAUGCGAAAGGCUACAAGAAAAUCUUCUUUUACAUUAUGGACAUCACUGUUUAUAACAGCUAUGCUCUAUUUGUCAAAGCAAAUGGCAAGCGGCUCCACUACACUGAUUGGAAGGUCAAUCUCGCUGAGGCCAUUUUCGAAGAGACCACUCUGCCCCUCUACCAUGAUCGAAGAAACCCGCCUGUAGCGGCCUCACCAAUGCGCCUACAAGCCGCCGAAUGGGCUCAUUUUCCUCGCCACAUCCUGCCAAACAAAGUCAAGCAAAAUCCAUCAAGACUUUGCUUAGUUUGUAAGGCACACGGCAAAAAGUCCGAGAGCCGAUGGGAGUGUGAAAAAUGUGAAGUUGCUCUUCACAUGCCCGUGUGCUUUAAACUUUUUCACACACGAAAGUCAUACUGAAGCACCUGAUGCAGUCAAGCAUUGUUAAGCAAAUAAAACAAAGUUUGUUAUUCUAUGACGUUUGUUGCGGAUUUUAUUGCGGUUUAGGUGCACCUACCCAAGCCGCCGGCGGGCGCGAAAGUUUUACGGCGGAAUACCAGGCGGGAACGGCCGCGGAGAGCGCGGAAGCCAAUGG